AGAAGCCUGUCAGCAGAAGACAAGGAUUUAGGAUAGACCACCAGGAUAACAGAUGUCAAAGGGAUGAAACUUUUUUAAUUUUGAUCCAACAUUUUUUGGGAAUAUUAUCGCAAGCGACGAAUGCGAACAUUCACAUAGAACUGGAAAUCAAACUCCGAGAAGAAAAUGGCACAUCUGCACCUGAGAUACCUAUUAGCUCUGGCCUUAGUGCACGUAGUUUGUUCCUCCGGUGUGUUUGAGCUGAAGAUAAACUCAUACCACACGGCGCAGCGGAUCUGCAGAAGACACAGGGACUGUCACAUAUUUUUCAGGAUUUGCCUUAAACACCCCGAGGAUGUGAUCUCAGCCGAGCCACCAUGCACCUUUGGCACCGGACACACCAAUGUUAUCAGGGCUGAUCACACCUCCAUCUCCAGCAGCGCUCCUAUCAGGGUGCCUUUCCACUUCAAGUGGCCGGGAACAUUUUCGUUGAUUAUUGAAGCCUGGAAUGCCGAGAAUCCGACUGAAUACACAGACAACCAAAACAACCUUGUGAGCCGCCUGGCCACCCGGAGGAGACUUGCCAUCGGGGAGGAUUGGUCCCAGGAUGUUCACUUUGGAGAGCAGAGCGAGCUGCGCUACUCCUACCACGUCUUCUGCGAUGAGUACUACUUUGGAGACGGCUGUGCCGAAUACUGCAGGCCGAGAGACGACACGCUGGGCCACUACACCUGCGACGAGGAGGGAAACCGCAUCUGCCUGGAGGGCUGGAAGGGAAACUACUGCUCUGAACCCAUCUGCUCGGCGGACUGCAGUGAGAAGCACGGUUACUGCGAGGCCCCUGGGGGCUGUACUUGUCGCAUGGGCUGGCAGGGCCCCUUCUGCACCGAGUGUGUUCGCUACCCAGGCUGCCUCCAUGGGACCUGCGGCCAGCCCUGGCAGUGUACUUGCCAGGAGGGCUGGGGGGGCCUCUUCUGCGACCAGGACCUCAACUACUGCACCAACCACAAGCCCUGUGCCAACGGGGCCACCUGCACCAACACGGGCCAGGGCAGCUACACCUGCACCUGCCGGCCCGGCUUCGGAGGGACCAACUGUGAGCUGGAGACCAACGAGUGUGACAGCAACCCCUGCAAGAACGGAGGCAGCUGCAACGACCUGGAGAAUGACUACUCAUGCAGCUGCCCUCAGGGAUUCUACGGUAAAAACUGCGAGAUCAUCGCCAUGACCUGUGCUGACGGUCCCUGCUUCAACGGAGGCACCUGUGUGGAGGCCAUGACUGGGGGCUACACCUGCCGCUGCCCCCCCAGCUACACCGGCUCCAACUGUGAGAAGAAGCUGGACCGCUGCAGCAACAGGCCCUGUCUGAACGGUGGUGAUUGUCUGGAUCUCGGCCAGAGCGUCUUGUGCCGCUGUAAGGCCGGCUUCACUGGUGCCAACUGCCAGGUCAACAUCGACGACUGCGCCUCCACCCCCUGCCAGAACGCUGGAACCUGCCAAGACGGUGUGAGCGGCUACACCUGCUCCUGCACCCUGGGGUACACCGGCAAGAACUGCAGCGUGCGCUCAGAUGCCUGUGGAGUCCUCCCAUGCCAGAACGGGGGCACCUGCUUCACCCACUUCACCGGGCCGGUGUGCCAGUGCCCCAAAGGCUUCAUGGGUCCCAGCUGUGAGUUCACCCUGCAGCCCAGCUUCAAGCCCGCCCUGCGUCAGACCUCCCAGCCCUCCUCCGCCACCCUCACUGUCUCCUGCAUCCUGGCCGUCCUGGUGCUGGUCCUGCUGGCAGGUAUCAUCUUCCUGAGGAGGAGAAGGAGGCUGCAGGGGAGGAAGCAGCUCAGCGACGUUGCAGUCUACAACGACUUAGAGAAUGUCAACAACGUUGGAGGAAGCGAAAGAGACUCCUUCCUCGGUCCCAACGGCUUGUUCAAGAUCAGCAACGGCACGGCUCGCCUCAGCCUCUCCCUCUGCCCAGACGGAAGAUCCGGGUACAGACCCACUCCUGCUGAGAGCAGACCGGCCAGAGACGAGCGGCAGGACUUUAUGUGGAGGGACGAGGCCAGCCUGGGCUCUGCAGCAGGGCUGAGAUGAAACACUGAAGGAACAUGGGACGUUCAUACAGGGGUAAAGAAAUAUUAGCACUUGUUGCUCCUCUCUUGUCAUGCACAGUGAAGAAAGGAGCGAAUCCAUGAGUUGAAAACCACUCAUGCAGAAGAUGUACCAUUAAAAAUGUAAGCAUACAAAAAAAAAAGACAAAUGAACUAUUCUGUUGAUGAUGAUUUUCAAAGAUUUUGACUAGGUGUAUGGGGCAAAGCUCUUCCACGUUUCAGAUCCAAAGAAACAAAUAAUACGAUCAACCCUUCAUAGGACCUACAACACAAACCAAAUACAGGAAGUCACAAAACUCUUUGGAAAAAUAUGUAUAAAUGAGAUAUUGUUUUUUUAAUAUGUUCACUUUGUUUGGCUGUUUCUCAUUUUUUAAACACUGAUUUUUGUGUUUGCUUUUCAAUCUUCCUUUGGACUUUAUUUCCUUAUUGUGCGUACCAUCAUAAUUAUAAUUUAUAUUAUUUAUUUAUUUACAAAAAUGUUGUUAUUAAUGUCUUCUCUUCGAUUGUCAAAGAUGUAGAGAUAUAUUUAUAUGAUGCUGAAUGAAGACCGACACUUGAUGUAGCUGGAUGUUUUACGGCUGUGUGAAAUAUCCCAAAGAUAUUCAGAGCAGGGAUAUGAAGACAAUGUGCUUUUACACAAAGUCAGCCGUUACUGUAAUUUAUAUAUAUAUAGUUUAUAUACUACUGAUUAAAUUGCUCUUUCAUGUGCCAUUUUAUGU